AUGGACCAAAACAAAAACAAAUAUCAUUGGGCAUCUUGGCAGAAGCUAGCUAAACCAAUGGAAGAAGGAGGUGUUGGCUUUAGAGCCAUUGAAGAUGUCUGCAGAUCUCUUGAAUUCAAGCAAUGGUGGUGGUUUAGAACAAAAGACUCUCUUUGGAGCAGGUUUCUUAAUGCUAAAUAUUGCCAGAGAUCCCACCCCAUCUCUAAAACGUGGAAUUCUGGACAAUCCCAAGCCUGGAAGAGGAUGAUGUAUAAUAAGAAAGAAGCUGAUGUUCACAUCCAAUGGAGACUUCAUUCAGGUAACUCAUCCUUUUGGUGGGACAACUGGUUGGGUACAGGUCACUUAGCUAGCCAUAGAAUGCAGGGAGGAAGGCCUGGGAAGAUACAUGUCUCCUAUUUCUGGAACUCUGGUUCCUGGGAUGUUCAGAAACUCAACAGUGUUGCCCCACCUCACAUGAUCCCUGCCAUCCUCCAAACUCCUAUAGCAUAUAACCCCCAGUUGCCAGACAGACCAAUAUGGAAACCUACCACAACUGGGAAUUCCACUUGUUCAUCAGCCUGGAAUGUUGUUAGGGAAAAAGGGCCUCUCCUGUUCAUCAAUAGAAAGAUAUGGAACAAGAAAAUUCCUUUUAAAUGGUCAUUCUGCAUGUGGAGAGCACUCAGAAACAAGCUCCCUACAGAUGAUAGAGUAGCCAGAUUUGGGCCUCCUAUUGUCACCAAAUGUGUUUGUUGCAUAAGGACUCAAGCUGAAUCUAUUGACCACAUCUUCAGUAGAGGUCACUUUGCAAAAGCUAUCUGGAAAAUCUUCACUUCCCCUGUUGGAUUCCCUUUUGCAGAAAUGCCACUAAACACCCUCUUGAUGAAGUGGUGGAUAUGUGCAACAAAAUAUGGAUCCAAGCAAUCCUCUAUGACCAGGGUAGUCUUCUCCAUUAAUUCUGACAUCAAUCUCAUGCUCAAAGCCCACUACCCCACCCUUGGCUGGCCCCCUGAUUGGAACACCUUGUACCCCCUCUCUGAAAACCUCCAGUUCCAAACCAAAAUCACCCAAGUUACUUGGCAAAAACCAAUUCCUGGCUUUGUGAAGGUUAAUUCUGAUGGUAGUGCUUUAACUAACCCUGGCAAGAUUGGUGCAGGGGCCAUCAUUAGAAAUCAUCAUGGAGAUCUCAUUAAUGCAAUUGCAUCUCCCAUUGGGGAAGGCUCAAAUAACUUAGCAGAAACAGAAGCAGCUUUCCUGGGUGUGAAAUGGUGCAUAGACAGUGGUUUCACCAAGAUCCAUCUUGAAGCUGAUUCUGCCCUCCUCAUACAUUGUCUAACCACUGAUUCCUCACCUCCUUGGACACUCACUAUAUCCAUUCAGAAGCUCAAACACAUAUGCCAACAGAGUGAGUCCAUUACCUUCACUCAUGCAUACAGAGAAGCCAACACCCCAACAGACUCCCUUUCCAAAAUUAGCCAUACCCUCAAUUCUGCCACCCACUUCUCUUACCUUAAUGAUCUCCCCAUCCACAUCAGAGGGCAAGUCUGCCUGGACAAAAUGGGCAUCCCAGCUUUCAGGCAUAAACUGACCAGGAAACUCAGAGAUCCAAACCUGUCACUCCCCUCAGCUUCUAAUAGAUAUGGUUAA